GGUGGAUCUGUAGCUACUCAGUCAUCUGACUUACUGCAAUACUUUCGUGCGUUCUAUUUUUGAGGUGACAUUGUUAAUUUUGAUUAUCUUGUAUUGAGUUUAUUCAAUUGUUUUAAAUAAAUAAAUAAAUUGUCAUUUCGAAUGGCUUUACGUCAAACUCUUAACCUUAACUUCAAUCGGUUAAUCCUUACAUCUUUAAGAGGAAUGUCCUCUGGAAGUGGAGGUGGAGGUGAAUGGGGAUCCGGAGCUGGAAAAGGAGGUGGUUCAGGUGGAUCUAUCCGAGAUGCUGGUGGAGCUUUUGGUAGACAAGAAGCUGCCCGAGAAGAAGAAUUCUUCAGACGUCAACAAAAGGAACAGUUGGAGAUGUUGCGAGGCCACCUUCAAGAAGAGAUCGAUCGUCAUGAAGACUUAAUCAAGCAACAUGAGGAGGCCAUAAAAUCUUCUAAGAAGAAAAUUGAACAACUGACCGAAAAGACAAAAUAAAUAUAUUGUGGUUCAAUUAGUGUUUAAACGAAUAACAUUCGUAUUUAAAGAAUAUGUACAUGAAAUUCUGCUAAAUAAUUAAUUAGACGAUUUUAAGCGAUUUUGUUUGGUUCUAUGGACUUUACUUCAACCAUGAUUGCAAGAAGUUCACAAUUAACCAUUGAUUUACUUGGAUUUCACAAAAAGAUGAUAAAUUAUCCAGAUCUAACUUUAUUUUCAUGCUAAGCUGUAAUUUGAACUUUUGCGAAAUGUCAAAUAGAAUGGAUGAAAAUUUCUUCAAAAGA